AGGUGGCAAACAUAAUUUCUAUUGAUCACCCUGCUGGCACUGGAUUCUCCUAUGCAAAAAAUCCAGAGUCUUAUAUAACAAACGAUACAUUAUCGGCAAUGCAAGCUUACCAAUUUUUAAGGAAGUGGCUUGAUGAUCAUCCUAAGUUUUUCAAGAAUCCAUUAUAUGUUGGUGCUGAUUCCUAUGGUGGCUUAUUGGUUCCAAUGAUUGUUCAAGAAAUAUAUAAAGGUAAUGAAAUUGGAGAAGAGCCACAUAUCAACAUCAAUGGGUAUGUUAUUGGUAAUCCUGUUACAGACACAAGUGCAGAAUAUAAUUUAAGGAUUCCAUUUGCUCAUCGUCUGGCACUCUUAUCAAAUACCAUCUACAAGUCAACAAAAAGAAAUUGUCGAGGAGAGUACUUGAAUGUGGAUUCCAACAAUAGUCUGUGUGUACAUGAUCUUAAUGUAGUAGAUAAGUGUCUCAAAAGAAUUAAACAGGAAAACGUUUUAGAACCAUAUUGUGACCCUUUAAUUACCUUGAAAUCUUCUCGAUCCGGGAGUGAUUUAAGAUCUAUUGAGAAGCAUUUUCAAAUGGAAGAGUGUAAUGUAUUU